CCCAGCAACCCAAAUAUCAGGCUGUGAUUUUCUUUUGUGUUUGCUUUGUGUACUUGCACUCACAAGAUGACUGAUGCCUUUUAUUGAUACCAUGUGAAUGCUAUAGAAUAUCUAAACAGUGAAGGGUGAUUAUUAAAUUUCAUCUGUGAGUAUGAAAGUUUCAUAACUCACAGGCAUCACAAAUGCCUUCAGAGACUGAGCCAUUAAGAUCAGUUGUGAAGAAAAAAAUCACUUUUUACUCAUGAAAUACUCAAUUUGUUCUAAGAUAAUUUUUUUUUUUAAGUUGAUCACCUUUCCCAUAAUACCAGGCAGCUAAUCUGUAUUACUCAGGAAAUUUCUGUCCAUGUCUAUGGCAAUUUUUUUUUCAGCUGCCUCAUAUUUCAGUUUUUGCAGAUAUAGAAUGCAGAAGGGAGCAAGACAUCUGUACAUUUAAGACCCUGAAGAUACUGGAUUUUAUUUAGAUCUUAACUUUGACUUAAAGAGAGGUAAACAACCAGUCCUAACUCAUUUCAGUUAGCCUGCAGGAACAGAAGCCAGUGCUGAAGAACAAUGUGAAACUAGUGUGGGGAGCUGUAAAGCAUUUCAGCCACCUUAUUAGGUUGCUAACUCUGAGGACAUGCCUAUACCAUGUAAAUAAGGGCAGACCAGGAGAAUUUGGUCUCUCACUGCACGAUCUCGCUCUGGCACUGGAAGCAGUGUAGCAAUAUUUCUGCAGCCUGUUGGGCUAAUUAGUUCCCUCUUGCAAUGCUGUAGGAGACAAGGCAAUUAACCGGGCUGAGCAUCACAUUAACACAGCAAUGCUGCCUCGGGGGGCUGAGCUAGUACCUCUGCACACUCUUUUGUUCGGACCAAAGAGGUUACUUGGAGCCAGUCUGGGGGUCACAAACGCUGCAUUGUAUUUGACAGGGAUACCUGGAAAGUGAGUUUUUUCUGGGAUAACAAGGCUGAGCGAAUGGCUAGUUGCAUGCCGAAAGGCGCGCUCCCCUCAGAGAAAAUAACAGAAUUAUUUUCUGGCAGAGAAAUAACCUGGUGAAAUCAGAUUUCUGUCCGUUAGCAGAGCCACCGUCAGGUCAGACGAGCACCAGCACUGAGGAAGAGAAACGAUGGGAACACAUGCGAGCAGGAAAAUGAGGACGCAGGAACGUUCCUUGUGGUGACAGAUGCCUUUUAUAUGAGAUUAAUUAUACGAAUCUAAAGGAGAGGCUGUCAUGUCACAGGACUGCAACGAUGAGUGGGAGCUGAGCAAAGAGAAUGUGCAGCCCCUCCGGCAGGGGCGUGUUAUGUCCACCUUACAGGAAGCCCUGGCUCAGCAGGAGACCUCCACCCACACUGCUGUUCAGCUGAAAAGACAGGAGUUUGAAUCAGAAAUCCGAUUUUACUCUGGAGAUGAUCCACUGGAUGUCUGGGACCGGUACAUCAAGUGGACAGAGCAAACGUUCCCUCAAGGUGGAAAGGAGAGUAAUCUCGCCGCAAUAUUGGAAAGGGCAGUGAAAGCACUCAAUGAACAGCAGCGAUACUACAAAGAUCCCCGCUAUCUUAAUCUCUGGCUCAAGUUUGGAGAUUGUUGUAAUGAGCCCUUGGAUCUGUACAGUUACUUACAUAGCCAGGAAAUUGGCACAACACUGGCACUAUUCUACAUCACAUGGGCAGAAGUACUUGAGGCUAGAGGAAGUUUUAAGAAAGCAGAUCUGAUAUUCCAGGAAGGUCUUCAGCGCAAGGCUGAGCCUUUGGACAAACUCCUGUCCCAUCACAGGCAAUUUCAGGCCCGUGUUUCUCGGCAGACGCUACUGGGGCUUGAGGAAACUGCUGAUGAAAAAGAUAUGGGUCUUCUGGGAACUGCAGAACCUCAGAGAAGCUCAUUGGCAGAUCUAAAAGGCAGGGGGAAGAAAAAAGUGAGAGCGCCAAUUAGUCGUGUAGGAGAUGCACUUAAAGCCACGAACCAAACCAGAAGCUUCCAGACUGUAACUUCUCAGCAGUUUUCAAAUACUCCAGGUUUUGCCGUGUUUGAUGAAAAUUCAGCUUCUGGACCUGAGAUUCCUGUACUUACACCACAGCCAUGGACAGCACCUCCAGCUCCGCGGGCCAAGGAGAAUGAACAAAGCGCAGGACCUUGGAACUCUGGCAGGCGUCCUCGCAGCAGUGCAAAUUCUGGUAUAGAAGUGCCCUGCCCACUGCCCAGUUUCACCCCGUAUGUGGAAGAGUCAGCUCAGCAACAAGUCAUGACUCCCUGCAAAAUUGAACCCAGCAUAAACCGUGUUUUAAGUGCUCGCAAACCUGAGAAAGAGGAGGACCCACUACAGCGAGUGCAAAAUUAUCAGCAGGACACUCAAGAAAAGAAAGAAGUGGUGAUGUACUGUAAAGAUAAAGUUUAUGCUGGAGUUGAAGAAUUUUCUUUGGAAGAGAUCCGAGCUGAAAUCUACAGAAAGAAAGCAAAAAAGAAAACUGAAGAGGAGAUGCAGGCCAUAGCACAGAAAAAGGAAGAAAUACAAAGGAAAAUUGAGGAGCUGGAGAAGAAAUUAAAGACGAAAGAAGGUGAUAAGCAGCAACAGCUGCGUGAACAGCCAACAGAGAUAACAGAAGCUUCACCACCUUUGGGACUGCAAGGACUUACUUUUUCCUGUGCAACAGAAGUUAGGGAGAAACAGCCUCAGUUGCAAAGUGAAUUCCAGGUCUCUGAAGAUACUGAACUACAUAAACCAUCUUGUUCUGAGGACCUUAUCCAGUCUCUUGAUGUAUGCCCGGAUACACAAAAGGGAAAUGUGUUUUUAGACUCUGAGGAUGAACAGGAGGAACAGAGAGAUGAGGCCAACCUUGGAAACAAAGAUGUAGCUCUCCUUCCUCCACCCAAUCCUGCUACAUUUUUCUCCAUAUUUGAUGAAUCCUCUACUUUGGCAAAUGAGAAUAUAAGUUGUUCUGCAGAUCAUGUACAGAAAAGUGCCCGGCGCCCUCUUGCUGUUCGUAAACCUUCAGAUUCUCUAACUGCAAAGGAAAAUGUACCACCAGAAGCCUGUGAUGAGCUGAAUGGAAUUGAACCUUUGUCUGAAGAUGCAAUUGUGACAGGCUCCUACAAGAACAAAACCAUUUGUGCCAACCCAGAAGACACAUGUGACUUUGUCAGGGCUGCCCAUCUUGCCUCAACGCCCUUUCAUGGGGUGUUAGCUCAGAGAGUCCCAGCUCCUGCUUUUUCACAGAGUGUCCUGAAGGAAGACUGUCCAGAAUCUAAGAGUGCAUCUCUGAAUCAGGAAACGCUGGUUUGUGAGGGAGUGUACAAUGAAGCUCGUUGUGUAAAUAAACUGAGCCCGAUCAUGGAAGCAAGCCUGGAAGAUACUCGCUUGUCAGGUUCUUCUGUCUCCUCAGGAUCUUCUCUUUCCUCUGUUACACAAAUAUCUACUAUUAAAUACCUGCAUAUCCCUGAGAAACUGGAACUUGCUCAGAGCUUGCCUGCUGAAACGGUUACUGAUUCUGGAGGUAUCAGUGAAAGCAUUACUGCUGAUGAUCUAACACAGUUUUUGUGGAGCGCUGAACAGCGUAAAAAGCUUUUAGAUCCUAUGCCAGAAUCAUUGACUGCUGCUCCAGAUUUUCAUUUGGAGACUGGUGUGCUGCCUGUCAUGGAGUUUGAGAAAGACAUUGAGCUAGGAAAUGAGACUUACUGUAUCAAAUGGGAAUAUUGGAGCAAUGAAGAAUACAAGAUGGUUUUUGCCAUUCCAGCCAACUUUCCCCAGUUGGAUGCAAAGGGAUUUGCAAUAAAGGUGUACUCUCAGCCUGUGCCUUGGGAUUUUUAUAUCACGCUUCAGUUACGGGAGCGUUUGAAUACUGACUUUGACCAAAGCUUCAGUGAGAAUUGCAGCUGUUACUUGUAUCAAGAUGGCUGUGCUAUUUUGCACAGGGAUAUAAAUCGCUUCACGCUUGGGGAUGUUAUUCGUGGCUGUAAGUCCAUGACGGAGGAAGUUAUCCUACUGGUUGUUUAUAAUCUUCUGGGUGUGGUAGAGAAGCUCCACAAAGCAGAGAUUGUCCAUGGAGAUCUGCGUCCAGAGGUGUUCUUUCUGGGAGACAGGAUCUGUGAUCCGUUUGCUAACGAUGAGAUGACAAGAGCUCUGAAGAUAGUGGAUUUCUCUCACAGUCUAGAUUUGAGAUUACAGCCUCGAGUAAGUUUGCCCAACAGCUUUCCCAUAUCUCGGACCCCUCACGGACAACAGCUUCUGGUGAAAAGUUCUCUUCCUUAUCAGGUAGACCUGGUUGGCAUUGCAGAUAUAGUCCAUUUGAUGCUGUUUGGGGUUCAUGUCCAGGUCUAUCAAGAGAAUUCCAUCUGGAAAAUCAGCCAAAAUGUAUCAAAGACUGUUGACAGUGAUUUCUGGAGUAAACUUUUUGGGAGAAUUCUGAAUGCAGAUGGGACCAAAAAAGGAGAAGACGGUGAGGAGAAGGCAAGAUGGUCCCAAGAGGCUCUGCUGUUGGCAUCUGUCAUUUUCCUUGGAACAGGAGUCUGA